AUGGUUCAAGCGCCAAUGCUGUCCUGCCCGUUGAAGCAGACCAACGAGAUCGACUGGAUCACUCCUUUGAAGAACUUCAUCGCCAACAACUAUGGGGACGAUCCGGAAAAGUACUCGGAGGAGACUCAAACGCUGCAACGUCUGAGGCAAGACAUGAGAGGUGCCAGCAACGACUCCGCUUCGGGACGGGAUCUUUUGUACAGAUACUACGGACAACUUGAAUUGCUGGAUUUGAGGUUCCCCGUGGACGAACAGCAUAUAAAGAUUAGCUUUACAUGGUAUGAUGCAUUCAGAGGCACACCGACCUCUCAGCACUCUCUGGCAUUUGAGAAAGCAUCCGUGAUAUUCAACAUCUCUGCCGUACUCUCUUGUCAUGCAGCCGCUCAGAAUCGCGCCGAGGACAAAGACCUCAAGACCGCAUAUCAUUCCUUCCAAGCAUCCGCCGGCAUGUUCACCUACAUCAACGAGAACUUCCUCCAUGCGCCGUCCAUUGAUUUGAGUCGCGACACCGUCAAAACAUUGAUUUACAUCAUGCUUGGUCAGGCCCAAGAGGUGUUCUUAGAGAAACAAAUCCGAGAUGGGAAGAAGCCGGCUCUGCUGGCGAAACUAGCAGCCCAGGCACAAUUUCUAUACGCUCAAGCCAAAGAGGGACUUGAAUCGGAUCAUUCUCGCGGCGUGUUUGACUCUUCGUGGUUAAAACUGAUCCAAAUCAAGACGCUAUACAUGUCUUCGCUUGCAGAAUAUUAUCAAGGCUUGACCGAGGAUGAGACCAAUCUCCAGGGCUCCGCAAUUGCUCGCCUGCAGCUGGCAGAAAAGUCCAGCAAACAAGCAUAUUCGUACGCAAAAUCGUUUCCAUCCUACCCAUCUCCCGAGUCCAGACUUGGAUCCGACACUGCUUCGACGCUGCAGGCAAUAACACGACGACAAAUGGAAAACGUCCAAGAGAAGUUAAGCACACUGGUCAAGGACAACGACUUCAUAUAUCACCAAACCAUCCCGGCAGAAGCGUCAUUGUCCCCCGUGACGAAAUUGCCUGCAGCGAAGGCCAUUCCGCUAUCCGAUCUUUACCAAGGACAGGACAUCCAAAGGAUCAUCGGACCUGAUAUCUUUCAAAAGAUCGUCCCAAUUUCAGUGACCGAGUCGGCCAGCAUGUAUGACGAGGAGAAGGCCAAGCUGAUCCGAUCGGAGGCGGAGAAGGUCGAACAGGCCAACGGUGAGAUGGCGGCGAGUCUCGACUAUCUGAAACUUCCACACAGCCUGAACGUACUUAAAGGUGGUUUGGAUCAAGACAUGGGGGUGGACAAGGAGUUCGAACAGUGGUGCCAGGAAAUCGCCAGGCAUCAACCAUUCAAUGGCGCUUUCGAACAACUCCAAAAGGAUAAGCAGGCAGUUUUGGAAAGUCUGGCAAAGAGCUCGAAACAACUGGACAUGGAAGAGAGUGUCUGCGAGAAAAUGCGGACCAAAUAUGGCGCGGAUUGGACCCAGCAACCGAGUUCCCGCUUAACGUCGACACUAAGAGCCGACAUCAAAAGCUAUCGUGAUACUGUCAAUGAAGCCUCAGCUAGUGACUCGCAGCUCAUUGCUACGGCACGACAAUACGAAGCCGACUUCGAAGAAGUGAGAAGAGCCGGCGAGCGGGGCGAGCCCGAUGUUUUGUACCAACAAGCCUUGAUCCGGACCGAUUCUGGGUCGAAAGCAACCAGAAGCGCGGACGAGGGCAGUCUUCUAGAUGAGGACUAUGGGGAGGGUGGUCUGUCGGUUGCCGACCAGAUUGCGCGGGUCGAAGAUCUGCUGCGAAAGCUCAACCUUGUGAAGCGCGAACGCAUGCAAGUCUUGAAGGAUCUGAAGGAAAAGGUGCACACAGACGAUAUAUCCAACGUGCUCAUCCUCAACAAGAAGGCGAUUGCAAAUCAAGAAACACAGCUGUUCCAGGCAGAGCUGGAGAAGUUCCGCUCGCACCAAAACCGCCUCAUCUCGACCGUCCACAAGCAGUCAUCGCUACUCAAAGAAUUAACCAAGACCUACGGGGAUCUUCUACAAGACAAAAGAGUACGUGCGGACCAACAGAGGUACGAUGCGAUGCAGAAGAGCAAGAACAGUGUCUUGAACAAGUACCGAAGGAUUUUCAAUGCUCAUGAGGAUCUCAUACAAGGCCUUGGGCGAGCUCAGGCCUUCUACAACGAGAUGAGAGAAAGCGUCGACAGCUUGGAGAAGAACGUGGAAUCAUUUGUCAGCAAUCGAAGGGCAGAAGGCGCACAGCUCCUCCAUCAAAUCGAGCAGACGAAGAAUAGCUCUGCCGAUGGCCAGGCCGCGGCAGAGCAAAAGAGAAUGCAAGAGCUGAUGAAUCGGUUGUCAAUGGAGCCCAAACCAGCAUCGCCAUCACAGACCGAGGCUCCCAGCAUACCGCCUCAUCUAACAGCCAUCAACACGUCCAGAUCCCCGGCGCCUGUUUCUCCAUCAUACCCAAACACGAAUCCCGAUCCUCGUUUUACCAUACCACCGCGUCACUCGCCGGCGCCUGUUGCGGCAAAUGGAUAUUCAAAUCAGCUCAAGCCACCGUCCCAGCAGCAACCGGCCAAUCCUUCUCCUACCGAACCUCAGCAUGCAUUUGCUCAGGGUGCAGCAGCACCUCUCUCGACGGGAUACAAUCCCAUGGCCUACCCAGAAAGAUCCGUCACAUCUCCCAUCCAACAACCAGGCGGCCAGCAGCACUAUGCAUUUUCGCCAGUCACGUCUCCGCCUGGGCUAAUGAACACGUAUUAUCCGCACCAGCCCCCUCCUCAGUCGCAUACACCCGUACAGCCGAUGAACUUUACUUCACCCUCCCAGUACUCGCAUCCUCCGUUCGCCUUCCCCCAGCCUGGAGGGUCCGGGGCAUACCCGACGCCCUCGCCGCAUCCACAGGUGCCUCAAUCCCAACCUCCAUACCAAAACUAUCAGCCAUCACCCUACAACAUGCCGCAGCAUUACAUCCCGCCUCCCCCGCCUCCUGGGCCGCCUGGAGGAGGCUCCACGACCCAAUAUCCCCCAAAUCCGUCAGGAGUAUGGGCAAGCGGUCCAGGCGGAUACGCAAGCUAUGCGCAACCCGGCCGACCAGCACACCAGCAGCAGAACCCGCAAUCUGCACAACCGCAGGGUCAAGGGUCGCAGGAGCAAGACCCGUGGGCAGGGUUGAGCGCAUGGAAGUGA